UCCAACGGCGGACAAAAUAUGCCAGGGCGGAGCCUGGGUAUUGACAGCAAGUUUUUGUGUGUUUUGCCCUGGAAAUUUAGCUGUUCUUAACCCAAAUUUGACAGUCAUCUUAAUUAUACUGAAAUAUCAAUGAUGGCAACUACGACUAUAAACGAGCAGUUAUCUCUGGACAAAGAUAUAAAUCGAGCUGUGGAACUGUUGGAAAAAUUAAUGAAAAGUGGGGAAGUUCCAACGGCAAAACUGUCUGCUUUACACAAGGUGUUGCAGAGUGACUUUCUUAGAGCUGUUAGGGAAGUCUAUGAACAUGUUUAUGAGACCGUAGAGAUGGGAGGCUCCCCUGAUGUGCGUGCUUCUGCCACAGCCAAAGCUACAAUUGCAGCCUUUGCUGCAAGUGAAGGUCAUGCUCAUCCACGAGUUGUAGAGCUUCCCAAAACUGAUGAAGGCCUUGGAUUCAAUGUCAUGGGAGGAAGAGAGCAAAAUUCACCUAUUUACAUAUCAAGAAUCAUCCCUGGAGGUGUGGCAGACAGACAUGGGGGUCUCAAACGUGGAGACCAAUUGCUCUCUGUGAAUGGAGUGUCUGUAGAGGGUGAAAAUCAUGAGAAGGCUGUAGAACUGCUCAAAGCUGCUCAUGGCUCAGUGAAAUUAGUUGUUCGCUACACACCAAAAAUAUUAGAAGAGAUGGAAAUGCGUUUCGAUAAACAAAGAACAACUCGGCGAAGACAACCAUAUUAAAAUUUAUUCAAGCAAACUUCAGCUAAAAACACUAUCAUCUGCAUUGCAAAUACUGCAUUAUUAAUAGUUUAACCAUUCCCCCAUCCUGAUCUGUUUUUAAAAUCCUCAAAAUUGUGUAGCUGUAUUCAUUUUGAAAUUAAGCGACUAUGACAAAAACGGUCGAACGUUUUCUAGUUAUCUUUGCUGUCGUUUUCGUGUUUGCAUGAACACAAGUUUCCAGAAAUAAAAAAUAGUCGAUAACCCUAA